GGGGCAGGGGCAGAGGAGGCAGCUCUCAGUGCACACACUGCUGAGACUCACAUGUGCCUGCUUCCCCUUUUGGCAGGAAACAUCCCGGGCAGGACAGUGCCUGGGGCUCAGUAGCACUUCAGGACUGUUAGUUGAUGGUUUCAGGAUGAGUCAGUGGGAGUUGGUAUCCUGUUUGCCACCAAGCUGCGGGUGGCAGAUGGGUGGCACCUUGUCAAGGCUGAUGGCACUAAUCCAGCCACGGGGCACCCAGCUUGUUUUGGCCAUGCACCCACCAUGGGGUGCCCAUUUGGCCAGAAGGUACUCACCCAACUAUGGGGCACCCACCCAGUCACAGGGUACCCACCCCCCAGCCCAGUGCAGGGGAAGUGUUGGCAGUAGGGUGUGCCAGCUGAUACAUGGGGCAGGAAGGACCUGCUGUGAGGCUGGCACAAGGCAAAACUGAAAAAAAGAGGAAGUCCUCGAGUGCCCCAGCCCAGCACAGCAGCACCCAGGCAGACGCACCUGGCACCUCGCACACAUCUAUCGCAGUGUCAGCUCCGUCACCUGAUGAGGUGACAGCCAACCCACCAGCAUGCCCUGGGCAUUGCCACUGCGAUGGUCACCAUGGGGCCGGCCUGGUGUGAAGGCCUUGGUCACUGCCGGGGUGUUUAUAACCAUCCUCUGGAACCUGAGGUUCUUCCUCAACCCCUCCAAGGGCUCUGGAAAAGACUCUAAACACAGGGAGCCACUGGUGAUCCUGGUGUGGGAAUGGCCCUCCAAGCAGGUCCCCAGUGUCAGCAGAGACGUGUGCCAUGAGCUGUACAGCAUCACAGGCUGCCAGCUCACCACAGAGCGGCAGCUCCUUCACAAGGCCAAUGUGGUGGUUUUCCCCCACUCCAGGCUCCAGCCUGGCCGGGACAAACUGCCCAAGGAGAGGCUGCCGGGGCAGAACUGGAUAUGGGUCUCCCUGGAGUCCCCCUCCAACACUAGAGCUCUAGCAGCAUGGAACCAGACUUUCAACUGGGUGAUGACCUACAGACAGGAUUCAGACAUCUUCAUCCCCUAUGGGAAGCUUGUGCCCAACCGGUCAGCUACUGUGAACAUCCCUGCAAAGACCAACUUGGUGUCCUGGGUUAUCAGCAAUUACCACAAGACUCAGAAAAGAGCUGAAGUCUACAAAAACCUCUCCAAAUACCUCCAUGUGAAUAUAUAUGGGAAAGCUAACAACAAACCCCUCUGCAAGGACUGUCUCUUGCCAACAAUAUCCAAGUCCAAGUUCUACCUGGCCUUUGAGAACUCCAUCCACCGGGACUACAUCACAGAGAAACUCUGGAGGAACUCACUGCUGGCCGGCACUGUGCCUGUGGUGCUGGGGCCACCCAGGGCCAACUAUGAGCAGUUUGUUCCUGCAGACUCCUUCAUCCAUGUCAAUGACUUUGGCUCCUUGGAGGAGCUGGCCACCUUCCUGAAGACCAUGAACUCCAGCCGCUACCAGCAGUUCUUUGCCUGGCAGAGGAGGUUCAGUGUGAAGCUCUACACUGACUGGAGGGAGCGGAUCUGUGCCAUCUGCACAGCAUACCCCCGCCUGCCCCAUGGCCACAUCUAUCCUGACCUGCAGAGCUGGUUCAACUCCUAGUGUGAUGGGACCUUUGGGAUGAGUGCAGGCACAGGUGGGAAGUGGAUGAGGCACCCACCUGUACACAAGAUGUGGAGCAAGAACAGGAGCCCUCACUCUCCUCCCAACCCAGCUGUUGCCACACUGCAACUUUCAAGCAAUUCCCCAUGACUUCAUUUUUUGUGAAACAGGACUUAUCACCCUGACCCAACACUGAAUACCUUGCCAGGGUGCUGGCAGGACCAGAGGGUGCUGUGAGAAUAAGUGGCACAUUGCUGCAGAGGCUGUGUAUAUGGUGUGGGCAGGGCAGGGGGGUGGUGGGUGGCUCAGGGCUCUAUUACCCCAUGGCCAGGGAGGAAGGACAGUAUCUACCUUCCCUCUUCCCAGCAGCACCCUUUUUCUGUCCCCCACCCUUGAGCCAUGGGUGUCACUGUGUCAGUGGGGAGCCACAGGACAGCAAAUGCUCUCAGAGCCAGGCAGGCAGAGGGACACUGUGGCUUGUCACUCCCUCCCUGCUGUGACAGGAAGCCAGUGAGCUGACAGCCUGCAGAGGCUUGCACAACCCAGAAGCAAAGCCAAUCCCGUGGGCAACUUGCACAUGCACACAUUGCACUGGGGAAACCCUGCACCAUGGGCACUGCAAGCGGAAAUAUCCAUCUGGGAUCAGCGGUGAUGUCGGGAUUAAGUGACAGAACCAGGAUAAGACGUGACUGCUCCAUCUGCACCUUGCUCUUUGCCCCUCAGUGCCAUUAACUCCCUUGAUAUAAACAACUCCUUCCUACUCAGUGCCUUUAACUCCCUUGAUAUAAACAACUCCUUUUGCCCCAAGUUUGCUUUCCAG